GUCGUCUUCCAAUCUAGUGUUCGGAGGUAUAGUAUCAAGAGUACUAUUCUCUCUUGUAUUAACCUUUAUUGAAACAUCCAGACUGACAAUGGUUCCGGCGGUGAUCGAAGACGAUACAACUGCGAGAACGCAACAGCAAUUUGUGUCAAACUUGGGGCUGCAUGAUCGGCUCGAUGAUCUCUGGACAGCAUUUCUGCACCAGCUAGACAAAUACCAAUCAGCGCAAGUGGCAAUUCAAAAGCAGCUGUCAUCCGGAUUCUUUGCAUUAGCUCAAGCAAAUUUUGGCAAGGUCUCAGGGCGACCAUACGGCCGCGAUUAUUAUGACCAGCGAGCUGUCGCCAGCAUUCGUGUCCGUGUCAAGCAAAAGCUGACUUCAGGGGAUGGUCAUCACGAAUCAGAAGGGCCCGAGGAUUUAGAGAUCUACGAUCAUGCAGAAGGGGGCAUCGACAGCGCUCUAGCUCAUGACGUGAAGAAGUUUUCGGUUGAUGACAGCCUCGACUCUUCUAAGGUAGCUACGAAUAUGGCCACGAGCGGAAUUGCAGGGAGCGAAGCCGGGCCCAAUUUGCCAGGAAAAUCUUCACAUCGUUCUCAAGAGGAAGAAAUUCCAAGGGCCCAGGAUUGCAAUGGUCAAUCAAAAGAAACUGGGCAUGAUUCGCCCAUCGGUUCGCUGCAUGACAAUGAAGAAGUCGUCGAGCGGGAUCCUACCGAUCCUCUCCGCUCGUUUGCUGGAGGAAUCUUGAUACCGCCUUUGCUACGUAAGACACAAGGCUCCUUCGCGACGCUGUUCCGAGCAGAGAACAAGCCAGAAGUCGAUGAGACCGAGUGUUUUAUCUUACAAGCGGUCAUGGCUGCAAAAUCGAUGCGACAGAUAGAGACAGAGAUCAGGAGAAUGAGGAAGACCAUACGUAAGGCGGAGAAGGAUGCCGGGAUGAAUUGA